AUGUCGUCCGCGUCACAAGAAAAUACUCCCUCCGACACCCCCACCACCUCCACCUCGCCAUCAACAUCCUCCACGCCCACCCAAAAAUCACCCACCUACCAAUCCGCCGCCUCCUACCUCACCUACCCAGUCAGCCACGUCGUCUCCGGACUCUACCGCCGCAUAACAGACCCAGACCUCUCCAAAGAAAUGCCCUCAAUCAUGCCCUGGUCCCGCCCAACACAAUCAACCUCCUCCUCCGAAGUCUUCACACCCCGCCGAACAGCCUCCCCCUUCCAACCACCACCCCUAACCCCCCUCACGCUGUCAAUCCCCAAAUCCCCAGACCUCCUCCAACAACAACUCCUCACGCGGGCUCUCGCCGAAGAAAUCCGCCUCCUAGUCCCACCCCGCCUCCAACUAGCCGAAACCUGGCGUCUAGCCUACAGCCUCGACCGCGACGGCGCCUCCCUCUCAACCCUCUACGAAAACUGCGCCGAAUUCUCCCACCGCUCCCCACGCGCCGGAUACGUCCUCGUCAUCCGCGAUUCCUCCCCGCAAUCCUCCGUCUUCGGCGCAUACAUGACCGACGCGCCGCACCCAGACUCCCAGUUCUUCGGAACAGGCGAAUGUUUCCUCUGGCGCUCCUCCAUCCUCCCUCCACCGGCGAAUUUCCCUAUCGCUUUACCAGGCGACGGGCCCCAGUCCGAGGAGGCGCUCGAGCGCGCCGGUCUCCCGCCUCCGCCAUCGGCUGAUACCACGACCGCUGCAAGGUGGAGUACGCUGCGCAACGAGCCGAAGGCGAAAUCAGCGUCUGCGAGGGCGGAUUCGCCGGCGCAUGAGUUGAAUAUGAAUAUUAAGUCGAAUCUGGCCGCGGCCAGUGGGGGUGUCCUGGCGCCCCCGUCGCCUGCUUCGCUGAAUACCCCGGAUCGCAGUGGGGCUAGUACGCCUGAGCGCAUACGGUUCAAGGCUUUCCCGUAUAGCGGGGUUAAUGAUUAUAUGAUUUUCUGUGAAACUGGAUUUCUCAGUCUUGGAGGCGGGUACGUUGGUUCUUUCCCCGUUGGAGAUGUUAUGUUUGCUUGUGCUAAUGUACGAGAUAGUGAUGGACACUACGGAUUGUGGGUUGACAGUAGUCUCGAGAAGGGUGUCAGUGCAUCCUGCCAGACAUUCGGUAAUGAGCCUCUUUCUGACGAAGGUGUCAAGUUUGAUAUCCUCGGCGUCGAGGUGUGGUAUGUGGGUUCCUGA